AUGGCUGAUCUGAAUGGUGAUCUUGGUAGCAAGCUGCCACUUGCCAUGGUUGUCAGGAACGAUGGAGACGCUACGAAUGUCAAAGCUCCAGACGAACGACGCUACGGAAAGCUAAAAUCAAUGCGUGCUAAGUGGAGAAAAAAGCGCACUCGGCGCUUGAAGCGUAAGCGCCGCAAGACUCGUGCCAGAUCCAAGUAA